AUGAGUAAUAAUAUUGACGCUGAUAUGCAGAUUGAAUCUACGCGGGAAAAAGAUUAUGCUUUGCGUGGUAAAAUCAUGCUGAGUACAAUAAUUAUACUGUUUGGGGUGGUGAUUUUCUUGGCGAUUCUUCAUCUUUAUGCCAGAUGGUACCUGCUUCGUUUGCGCCGCCUUGAACUCCAGCGUCGCCGCCGUCACGGCCGCCGCCGCAGCCGCACUCAUAUUGUUUUCUACGUUGACAACAACCAGCCCAACUCCGCCACAGAUCACGGACUGGAGGCGGAGGUUUUGAAUUCUCUGCCGUUGUUUGCUUACUCCUCCAAGACUCAUCCGGAGGUGGUAGAAUGCGCCGUGUGCUUAUCGGAGUUUGAAGAGAACGAGACCGGCCGGUUUUUACCCAAAUGCAGUCACUCUUUUCACGUAGAGUGUAUUGAUAUGUGGUUUCGGUCACAUUCUACUUGUCCCCUCUGCCGGUCCCCUGUUGAACCGGUCGCCGAACCGGAGAAGAACUUGGCCGAAACAGUCAUCAGCGUGGACGAACCGGGUUCGAGCUCCGGAGAUAAUACGGCGUCGCUGGGUGAUCGGACGAAGAGUUUGGACGCGGCGGGAGUAAGAAUAGACAUACCCAGAAGGGCAGAAUUUGGUGGCGAGUUAUCACUGAGUUCACCCGGAUUCAGAUCGCCGGGAACUCGGUUGUUGUCCUUUAAGAGGCUCCUCAGCAUGAACAAGAAAUCUCCUAUGGGGACGCCGUGUGGAGCCGGGACGAGUUUUGUGCCGGUGGGAGCCACCGAGUUGGACCUGGAGAGUGGGAGGAAUGAGUUGACUCAGGAGUCAACUGGAGCACAUACGGCAAGGUAA